CCCGUCAGUGGCAGCAACUUCCAGCCACCACCAAUCCACCACCAACCCCAUCCCCACACCCCCCUCCUCCUCCUCCCUCCCCGCCGUCUUUUGACAGCACUGAGCCGGAAAAGGCCGACAGCAGCAGCACGUGUGUGUGUGUGCGAGCUCGUCCUGUUUGCCCUUGCGUGCCGUCGUUGUGUCACGAAGGCACAUUUGUGUGGGGGGCGGUUUUCUGGCCUACACGGUGGUGCCUUGUUGGUGGUGGUGGUGUUAUUAUUAUUCAAGUGUCACUGUCGUUUUGUAGCAGAGCUCAACAUUGGCGUGCGACGUUUGGGAGGGGAAAGGGCGGCGGCGUUGUCUUUCGUGAACGUUAACGAGUGAUAAUCUCCGUGCGGAUUUGUGUUGUCUUCCGGCUCGCCUGCCAUAGCCGUGUUUUUUUUUGUUGGUUAUAAAACGACAAGGGCGAACAAUGUCGCGGGCUACCCAGACAACAAAGGAGUGGGGUGGAUAAGAUACUGGUUAACGGUUAACGUAGCGAUUGAAUAUCCAUCGUAUACGGUAUCAUGAUCGGCUUCAUGGGACCAGAUGCUUAACGGGGAUUCAUUGGGGCAAGGUAGGGCGGCAGGGGGUUAAAGUGCAAGUGAUAGAGACGUAGUCAUCGUUAGGCACAUGCUUGCAUCUCUACACUUAACAUAAUUGAUACAGUGUACGGUACUGUGCUGUAUCGCAAUUUGGGCAAAAGGUCCACGUGUGUAGUUCUAGGUGACUUUGAAUCUCCACGUGGUUGUGAUUUUACAUAGGGAAGAGCGGUUGCAAAGAACAACAUCGUCAACGCCACGUCGUCGUUCCAAUCGACAUUUAAACCCGUGAGAGUUAAACGUUGUGUUAUUUAAACCUUCCGGUAGAACAAACACACGGACGUCUUGUUUUGUGGGCCACGCGUAAAACGGGAGGACAGUCGUCUGUACAAAGUACGUAAAAACAUUUAAAAAAAAGCAAUUAAACCCAACCCAGACGGAACGUAAAAAUGUAGGGCUAAAGUUGACAUUAACUGCGCGUGUACGUUUACGUCGCUCGUUGAUUAAAACGCGAACAACUUUUGAGAAGUCAUCUUUAGCGCGUCAACUUGGGGCCAACAUGGUCGAUGCCUUAGCUUUAAGACUGCGUUGUCGUCAAUGUUGAUGGGUUGGAUGUAAGUGUCCGAUGGUUGUGAGUUAAACGUUCUCAGAGCGGCGGUGGUGUUGGCGGUGGCUCUCAACUGGUUCCGAGUUUGUCGGAGUUCGGAGUGCUCGGUCCCAAAAAAAUCGACCGUCGCCGAGCAAAAAGGGCCUCUUCGGAACACGCCAAGCGGCCGGCAACAAACCAGCAACCAUUGCAAGUUUUAACAGAUUCGAGUUAACGUACAAGACGAGGGAUGGCGAGAUAACAAAAACAAAAAAAAAUCCAUUGUGUAUCGGCUUGAACGAUGAGAGUUGUCGCCACGACCACGCCGGCGUGUUUGUUACGUCAAGUAAGAGUGAUGUAUAAUCACGCUUGAUGUAUAAAUUACUUGCUUAGUAGUAGCUACGUUAAUGUUGUUUGGCCAGCGAAGCGGUGUGUGCGAUUGUGUAGAUUUGCUGGAUGGACCCAUACGCAGUUAAGCGAUUAUACAAGCAGCUACCGAACGUGGGUUUGGAACUUUUCUCUUGCCCCCCCCCCAGUGUGUGAUUGGUCGCAUGCAACUUUACGCGUGAUAGUGUCAAGAGUUUUCUCUUAAGGCAUUUGCCGGUAACUACGUCGUGUUAGGAAGUUACUAUAGUGUUGCGAGUGCAGCUGAUUGACGUCAAUAGUUUAGGAGGUGUUUGAUGUUUACAUCGAUUUUCGCGAUGGCUUUAGCCUUAGUAUAGCCGUUCGUCAUCUUAUAUAAGAGGCGCGGUUUACGUUAAAACAGUGACUUUCGGAUGAUAAUUCGGAGUUGAUGCUGCCUUUCAUUCGAUUGUACUUUAAUUUAAAGUGUGGGUAUGGCUAAACAUUACAUGUCGGUUUAUUUAAGUAUUUAAGCAAUCGUAAUUUUGUUUUAAGUACGUUUAAGCUUUCAAGCCAACCGUGUUUCAUUAAGAACGACAAAAGCUCUUCUACACACAACAAGACACGACUUCACCUUUGUGAGUCUGAUUAAACUGUUGGGCAAACACUGGUGGUUGGUGGUGGUGGUUGUUGGGCACCUGGACCUUUGGACGGGUUUAUUUUCUUCGGUACAGCUGGAUCCAACUUAUCAUUGACAAGGCCCGAAUCUUUAUUAACCCAAGGGGGUCCUUCUGGAGGCCAAGAGUAUUUUUUUCUUUACUCCCAGGAUUUGUGUGUCAGCAAAGCGAGUGGCGCAUACAGGGGUUCUCGUUAAUCAAUUACCGAGCAGGUUUUUAAGUGGGCUCGCUUAGCCCAUCCGUUAGACGAAGUUUCUCACCCGACCCGACGAAACAGACUCCUUAAAGCCAGAGAGAGAGAUUGUAAUUUAUAGAAACACAAGUGUGAGAGAUUGUUAAUUCAAGAGCGCGAUUGCCAAUGGUUAGUUUGCGAGAUUCACCGUUGCCAUGCCGGUUUAUAAGUAAAACAUAUCUCCUGCUGCUGCUGCUUGCCGCCUUUAACUUAAUUGUCGCAUUGCACAAAAAAUGACGAAACUUGAACUUUAGUUUGUAUUUUACAACGCAAUCUCAGGGAUUAUCUUCGUUUUACCACCCGCUAUACAUGCAUUUAAGCUACGCCUAGCCACUUUUUCUGGGCCUCUCCAAACCCACAGCAGCAGGGCGCACGCCAGAUAGCUGCUUUUUGGUAGCAAUGGGCAAGCUAACCUUCUCAUGGGUGGACUACCUCAUCUUCGCCAUCCUGCUGGUCAUCUCCACUGCAAUUGGCCUCUACUACGCCCUGAGCGGCGGUCGCCAGAAAACCACCCAGGAGUUUCUGCUGGCCGACAGAAGCAUGGGCUUCGUGCCCGUGGCUCUGUCGCUCCUCGCCACCUUCCAGUCGGCGGUGGCCAUCCUCGGGGUGCCCGCCGAGAUCUACACCUUUGGCACUCAGUACUGGUUCCUGGGAGUCAGCUACAUCUUCGGGCUCCUCAUUCCCGCGCACGUUUUCCUACCGCUCUUCUAUCGGCUCAAGGUGACCAGCGCCUACGAGUAUUUGGGGCUCAGAUUUAACAAGUCUGUGAGGAUUGCAGGAACGUUAACAUUCAUCUUCCAAAUGGUGGUGUAUAUGGGUGUUGUUCUCUACACCCCAGCUUUAGCUCUUAAUGCAGUGACAGGACUGAAUGUGUGGAUAUCGGUGGUGGUGCUUGGAGUCAUCUGCACUAUUUACACCACCAUUGGCGGGCUGAAGGCGGUGAUUUGGACGGACGUAUUCCAGACGCUGGUGAUGAUCGCGGGCCAACUUGCCGUCAUCAUUGUCGGUGCUCAGAACGCGGGCGGCAUCGCAAAUGUUUGGGAAAUCAACUCUAACGCUGGCAAACUAUCUGGCAUUGACUUUGACCCGGACCCGUUUAAGCGGCACACGUUCUGGACCCUCGGGUUCGGGGGUGUAUUCAUGAUGCUUGCACUCUACGGGGUCAACCAAGCUCAAGUGCAGCGAUAUCUGAGUGCCCGCUCUGAGAAGGAAGCAAUCUUUUCCGUGUACUUGGUCUUCCCAUGCCAGCAGCUGAUGCUGGCCAUUGGGUCCAUCAUGGGCCUGGUUAUGUACGCACGCUAUCAGGAGUGCAACCCCCGUGUGAUGGGUGACGUCACCACCAACGACCAGAUGGUGCUAUAUUUCGUGAUGGACGUUCUUCAGGAUUACCCGGGGCUGCCUGGACUCUUUGUGGCCUGCAUCUUCAGUGGGGCUCUCAGCACCAUCUCGUCGGCAUUUAAUUCCCUGGCGACGGUGACGAUGGCCGACUUUGUGAAGCCAUAUUUCCCCAACAUGACUGAGAAGAGGGCGACGCUUGUCUCCAAAGGCUUAGCCUGUAUGUACGGGCUGGUGUGCCUAGCAAUGGCGUUUCUUGCAUCGCUCAUGGGAUCUGUUUUGUCGGCUGCCCUCAGUAUAUUUGGGAUGGUGGGGGGCCCCCUGCUCGGGCUCUUCAUCGUCGGCAUGUUGUUCCCGUGGACCAACGCCAUUGGUGCAAUCUCGGGGUUGGUCGUGAGCCUGCCUUUGGCGCUGUGGCUGGGCAUCGGCAGCAUCAUGUACAACAACGCCAAUGCCGGGCCUCCAGCAGGGCCGCCCCCUCAGUGCCUCAACAUGUCCGACUUCACCACCGCGGCCACUACCGCCUUCGCCACCACCACCGUCGCCCCCCCUGCAUUAACGGGACUGGCCAAGUUCUAUUCGCUGUCGUACAUGUGGUACACUGCUCAUAACGCUGCCGUCGUGGUCGUCGUUGGGCUCGUCGUCAGCUUCAUCACCGGCUAUACCAAGGGGCAAGAUGUGGACCCUCGCACCAUCUUCCCAAUCAUGGAUUACCUGCUCUUCUUCCUUCCCCGGAGAUAUCGGCAGAAGCUCCAUUGUGGCGUCCGGUUUGAUGAGAUGAAAAUCGAAGAUUCAACUGUUGCGGUGACAGAGGAUGAACACAAAUAUGAAGAUGGGAAGUACUCGGGCACCACCACUGAGGAUGGAUACAACAUUGUAAAAGAUAGCACUGAAAAUAGUUCCGUCAUAAAUGGACACAUGAAAGUAAAACCAGGCCACGUUAUCUUGGAAACACGCAUGUGAUGUCAAGGGGUACUUGGAGAACUGGCCUUCAAAAUCAUCUGCACUGACUCUGGAAAGAGUAAUAAACUGCUAUUAAAUAAGCUUUAAGCCUGCGUUCUUAAACUGUUAUGUCAUAGUUUAAAAUAUAAUGAAACGGAUGAUAUCUUUGCAAGUAAACAAUAUAUAGGUGAAAAGGAAUUUUUUUUUUAUUUUAAGCAAACAGGUUUCGAGUGUUAAAAACUGAGAUCUGCCAGAGAAUGGAGAAAUAUUUCUGAAAUUAAAAUGUUCCUUUUAUCAGUAUGAAAACAUCUUUUUGGGAAUGGUACCUCAACCUAUAAUCGAACAAGUUGCCAGCUUUUAAGAAAGUCAAGCUAUCUCUUGAAAACCAACACAACAUAGCUCAACCAUGUGUGCUCGGAUUGCACCACGUGUUAUUCGGAAUUAUGCCCGACGUUUCGCUCCAUGUUCUGGGUGUUUCUUGAAAAAUUUAAUAUCAGUUCCUGAGCAACACACGGAACAACCGUUCAAUGCAUUGGAGCAUUAACCAGUCUACGUUUCCCUGCUUCAAAAGGUAUUGCACAUGAGCGCUUGUGCUUGAUUGCAUUGGCCAAUGUGACAAUUGACAAAAGGAGACUGCUUAAUUGCAUUGGUGGUGCAACUGUUUUUGGGUUUGAACCCAAUUGGCUUGGUGACUGAAAAGCCGUCCUUUUUCCACGAAAUAUCCCAUGAGAAAUGAACGGGUUGCUUGACUCAGUUGCAAGUGAUAUCAUCGAUCAGCACACGCUGUCGACAAUCAUGUGAAACCAGUUUCCUGACACUAAUCAUGGGCCAAAAACGAACAACUGUGAAUGCAUUCAUGCAAUAAUCAAGUUUUAUUCCCUCUUGCGUUGUUGGGUUGUAUUAUGUAUGGAAACACAAACAAUUUAGUGCUAAAUUGUAAUCUUUCUCAAUAGGUUACAAUCGAGGAAGCGGAAAGUUAGCGGCUCAAUUUGUAUCCUGAAGACACUUUCAAGACAUCGGACAUUAUGCCAAACAACACGCGGUACAACCUGAAAUCGCACCUGAUAGCCGCAUGUUACAACCGCAUAAACCUACACAGUAGAAACAACUAUUGUAUUAUGGAACUGAACAGUGCCGGAUUAAGCUAGUGCGGGGCCUGUAGCAUAUGUUUUAAAGGGGUCCUAAAUAUAAAAAAAACACAUUAAAACGCAUGUUUAACUUGCACAGUAAAAUAAUUGUAUUUUUAAAUUUGCUAU